AUGGCAGAGCAAGUAGCCUGGAUUGGACUGGGGAACAUGGGACGGGGGAUGAUAAAAAAUCUCGUUGCCAAAUACCCAUUCCAAACCCCUCUGAUAAUCUACAACAGAACACAGUCUCGCGCAACUGAGCUAGCUCCCACGCUGUCUAAGCCAGUCACCGUCGUGCCGACAAUCACAGAAGCCGUCGCACCUUCAAGCAUCAUCUUCAUCUGUCUCUCAGACGACAACGCUGUCACUGAAGCACUUCAAACAGCCAUAAGCACUUGCGACAUAGCCGGAAAGCUAUUCGUAGACUGCUCGACGGUACACCCGGAUACUUCACGGAGUGAGGCAAAAUUGGUGGAGUUGCAUGGGGGCUCUUUCGUGGCAUGUCCUGUUUUUGGAACCGCCCCCGUCGCUGACGCCGGACAGCUGGUAUGCGUGCUGGCUGGGAAGAGGGAUUUGGUGGAAAGGGUUAAGCCAUUCUGCGCGGGCGUUAUGGGCCGGAUAAAUUUGGACGUGUCAACUCCACCGACCGGUGCUGCUGGCAAUGAGGACGUCGUCGUGGACCCCGGACGCGCAAGCUUGCUUAAAAUCAUGGGUAACUCUCUGGGGUUGAACCUCGUGGAUGCAGUCGCUGAGGCAAUGACAGUAGCUGAGAAGUCUGGACUUGGUGUUGACACGCUGCAUAACUUCCUCGAGCUGAUGUAUCCGGGCAUGUAUGUCGGGUAUUCGAACCGCAUGCGUUCGGGGGAUUACUAUAAGCGCGAUGAACCGUUAUUUGCAGCAGAUUUGGCACGGAAGGAUGCGAAGCAUGCCAUGGAUGUGGCGCGUAGUGUGGGCGUGAGGAUGAGAGGGCUGGAACUGGCGGAUGAGUAUUUGCAAGGUGUGAAGAAACGUCAGGGAGAGAAGGGAGACCUCGCGGCUAUAUAUGGGGUUGUGAGAGAGGAAGGAGGCUUAAAAUUCGAGAAUUAG